UAUUCAAGCUCACCAGCUGAUGUCAAAGGUUUGGCCUUGGGGAAGUUACACUACCAACAAUAGUAAUUUAAUAAGGCUGUGUCUUCUGAUGCACGAUGCAGGCCAGAAAGAAAGUGGGAGAAACUGCAGACUGGACUCAAACUGGAGAGGAGAGCAGGCGGACCAAGAGAUUGACUGCAACCGCAAAACCAGAACCAGACACUUCGCCUCCACCUGCACAAAACAAAAUCAGCUCUAUGACUGAGAUGAGCAGGUUAAACCUAACCAUGGAGUGGCUCAUGGUUGCAUUUGUAGCCCUACUUCUGGCCGGCCAAGUCAGCUCUGAAGAAAUUCCGUAUGAGCACCUUAUGUCUCAGAUCCAGGCAUGUCCUAAAGAGUGCCGCUGCCCUCCAAGUUUCCCUAAUGCUGUUUACUGUGACAAUAAGGGUCUGAAACGCAUACCUGUCAUCCCUCCCUACACGUGGUACCUGUACCUCCAGAACAACCUGAUCGAUGUCCUGUCAGCUAACGCUCUGCGCAAUGCCACACAACUAAGGUGGAUCAACCUGAACCGUAACAAAAUCACAAGCGAAGGCCUGGAGGCAGAUGUUCUAAAGGCUAUGUCUAACCUUGUACACCUCUACAUGGAAGACAAUUUGCUUUCUUCCAUUCCAUCUUCUCUGCCUGCCAAAUUAGAGCAGUUACGGCUCUCCCGAAACAGAAUCUCAAAUAUCCCACCCGGUGUUUUCUCUGGAAUGGACCAUCUCACCUUGCUGGAUCUGCAAGGCAACAAGCUACAGGAUGAUGCAGUAACUGAGGUCAGUCUGAAAGGCCUCAACAACUUGAUCCAGAUCAAUUUAGCAAAGAAUCAGCUAAAU